AUGGAAAAAGACAAUUUCCAGGAGUCAGAAUUAGAGAAGAGUAGAUCUCGCAAAAGAAUUAUCCAUUUCACUGAUGGAGACAUCAUGGAAGAAUACAGCACAGAGGAGGAGGAAGAGGAAGAGGAAGAAAAAAAGGAACAGAAAACGAAUUCAAUACAUGAUCCGUCUACACUUUCAUGGGGGCCCUAUCUAUGGUUUUGGACGGGGCAAAUAGCAAGCACCUCAUUUUCUACAUGUGAAUUCCUUGGUGGAAGAUUUGCUACCUUCUUUGGUCUUAAUCAACCCAAAUAUCAGUAUGUGUUAAAUGAGUAGUAUAGAACACAAGAUAAGGUAUGUGACCAGGAAAGUGACGAGAAUGGAUCAAAGGCCCAGCCAGCCAAGGUUCCUAAUGAAAAGUGUCACCUGGAGGCUGGGGGCCAAGAGUAUGGAACCAGGCAAGACAUUGCCCAGGGUGUUCUUCAGUGGAGCACCUCAUCUGGGGAGGGCCUGGCAGCAGAUUUCAGCUCGUAA